CGGACACCGAACACUGCAGUGCAGCAGCCAACCAGCACACAGCUAGCGACACCGACUACUCACACAGAAAUAUGGAAAUAAUAACAUUAGAAGUCAACUGCUGUCAGAAAGACCCCCUCCACAUGGGCCCAUAAACAUGUCCACAGAUGACAGUAUCUCCGAGGAUGUGUCCAGCUCGGGGGCUUUGAGCCACUGCCACGCCAGUGCUGACGGGGAUGGAGGAAAGGAGAGUGAGACCUCUCUGGUGUCCUCCGAGGGGACAUCAGCUUCGGGCCUGGCUGUCUUGGAGGAGAGACGCGCCACCUCCAAAACAACGGGAGGCACUGUGGAGAGCAUUCACGUGGACAUCACACCAGCAUGCAACAAGAUCAGGAAUUUGUGUCUGAGCACAGACGAAGCAUUCGAACAUGGGAAGACCCUGCCAUUUAUCAACCCGAGCUCCCUGGAGACCUUGAGGGCCCUGGUGCAGGAGAUACAGAGCAGUGGAGAAACUGACCCUGAGAUCUGGAAGGAUUGUGAGAGUCGAUGGCUGCAUCUGUUUCAGCUGGUUGAAAAGCAAUACCAAGAGCAAAUACUCGCUCAGCAAGAACAAUAUCAGUGCCAAAUACAGUUGAUUCAGGAUGAAAUCAAGGCCCUAGUUCAGCUCCAGAACCGCCAGACCAGUGGUCAACCACAAACAGAGCUCCCCUCUGUGACCAUCAUCCCCAGUGAAUGCACACAUCCCAAAAAUGUGCCAAGUGACAACGAGAGCCUGGGAGCCCCUGUCCUCACUCCUUUUAGCUCCCCCUCACCUCCGCUUCCCAGGUUGGAGACCACCAACCAGGCAGAGGAGCGGACGACCACAGUGCUCAGCAGUGGAUAUGGAACACUGUGUGCUUGGGAAACUGGCUUUGAACCUGCUGAGUCUCCAGGUGGAGAUGAGGAGGAUGAUCACGGAGUGCGGAAGCAUCAGUGGAGCAGUAUCCUCCAGGAAGACACGCAGACAACUUUGGCAGAGUACCAGCAGGACCUUUCCUAUAAACGGACAGUUGUCAUGAAUGAAUCUCUUCCAUCUGUGUACCAGCAGAAAACAUCUGGCACCAGCCAGCAGCUGACCUCCUGGGCCCAGAGGCAGAAACUCAGACCUAGGAAGACCAAGGCAGGACAAGGUACAGCACAAACCCCAGACUACCAGGAGUUGCCUCACAGCCCCAGUGAACCCAGCAAACAGAGUCUGUUUGAGCAAACAGAUUCACAUUACCAGCUUCGAUCGGCUGGGCUGUCAUCCAGCUCGUUUCCCCUGAGAAGGAGUGACAGCCUGAUGUCAGAUGCUUCAGGCCUGACUUACUGGCGUCUGAACGAAUGUGAUCUGUAUCGGCCCCUUCCGGACAGCUUUGACAGCGGAGCUUACCUCCUUCUGCAAGAGGCAUCCAUGAGUUUUACUCCAUCCCAGGAGCCACGGCUGUCUCUUAGAGAAAUCUAUCAGAACAAGCAAAAAGAUUGUAAACAAACCGAUUGGGAAGGUUCUGUUACAUCCAGCCCUUUAUCCCCUCAGGUGUUGACAUUGGAUCCAGCAGCCAACACGAAGCAGUCAGAUCGAACGUCUGGCUUCACUUCACCUUCUUACUUCAGUAGCCCAUCGUUUGCCGCUCAGCCUCAUCCCUACCCUAGACUUGGGACCUCCGUAACCCCUGACAGCAUGGUGGAGAGCAGUCCCAAUCCCAGAGACACAGAUUGCAUCUCUGAUUCGUCCAGUGUUUCUGCUGCUGGACCCUCUCCCGCUAAGAUGCAAAGCUCCCGGGGGAAUGCAUCACAAUUAGUCUUGUCUACCUCCAGAGAUCAGACCCAGUCCUCCCAGAAAACCAGCCAGCAGCGCAGAGCAAGUGCCCCCUUAACCAGUGAAGAGGAGGGUAGUCACACCCACACCAGCACCUUGAAGCCCUGGCCAGCCUCUGGCGUUAGUCAGCGGCCCUCAGUGAGUCCUCACAUGGAGAGAGCUUCAUCUCUAGAGGACCCUGUCAUUCUUUCUUUACUUCGGCAGAACCUCAGAGAGAAACACUCCCGACACAUAGCUGAUCUGAAAGCCUAUUACGAGUCUGAGAUUCAGAUCCUGCGAGACAAACUCAAACUCAGAGAUCUGCCCCAGGAUUUAGAGAAGAGCAAUCAGACACUGACAGAAAGGUGCAAACAUCUAGAAAAAGCUCUGGCUGAGGCAACAAGUCGUAUUCAAGAACUGGAGGCAACAAACAUCUUGCUGGAGAAACACCUGGCUGAGUGGCCGGAGCGCUAUGCUGUUGCAGGAGCCACUGUGAAUUCUCUGCAGCAACGACUGGAGGAAAGCAAGCGCUCGGCCAAAGACAAAGACGGCCUGGCAUUGCGGUUAAAGAGCCGUGUGCGGCAGCUGGAGGAGGCGGCGCAGAAGGCCUGCAGGGAGGCAGACGAGAAGGAGGCAAAGAGGGAGCAAGAGUACAAGAUGCUGCAAGAUCUACUCAAAGAAUACGACUCUCUGAUGAAGGAGCAUGAAGCAGUAAAGAACAAUCUGGUGUCAGCAGAGAGCAAGCUUGUCGAUGCAAAUGAUCAGAUAUCUGAGCUGAAGAGAGUCAUCUCAAAGCUGGAGUCACAGGUGAAGCAGCUGGAGCAUGAGAACCAGGCCCGGAUCCGUUAUGCCUCCCACAGUAAUGCACAACCGUCAGGGGCUGGUCUUUAUCACCAUCCAGACCUGCUGCUGUCACCCAGUAAAGGCAAAGUAGAGCCAGACGUCACCCGAAGGAGGUCUCCUUGUUCUUUUUCUGACCCGUUGAAUGGCAGCAAAAAGUCACACUUCCCUCAAACUAACCAAACAAGUGUUCACAAGAGAUCAUCUUAUCCACUAAAUGAUCAGUCGUCUGGAACUGGGAGCUCUGUGGAUGCCUGUUCUGCUGGCGGCAGCUGGAGGUGUGCGUCUCCACCAGAGUGCGAACAGACUAGAUACCAGGAGCAGAGCGCUGGCAUGAAGGAGGCCAGUCAGCGAGAGGGAUCCAGCCCCCUGACACCCAUGAUGAGGGCCCUGAUAGAGCUGGAAGAGACCAAAGCUACAGAGACCCGGGCCCCCUGGGUUGGCCAUCAAAGGACCACUGUUGGGUUUGUGGAGCGGAAACACAAAGAGCAAAUCCGGAGGCGACCUGAGCUGGUUCAGGAUGAGACGGAUGCAAUGAAACCCAGAGGAGUUGUUAUGGGGGAGAGUUGGGGCCCAAAAAGUUGCAGCGGAGUGGAAAGGGCUGUGGCCCUGCUGAGAGCUCAGAGGAGUCUGUCCCCAGAGGGCCACAGGUCGUCCUCACUGCCACCUGCAGCACAUAGAAACAUACCUACAACUACACCAACCAAAAGGGAAACGUUACUGAUGCCCCUGUCUGCCAAGUCCAGCCCUAAACGCUGCCCCACUGAGAACUACUCCACUGCUUUUGGGCACUUGAUGCCAAGAGAGGAGCACCUGCUCCAGAGGCCCGAUGGACAAGUUGACAAGAGACGGCAUUCAUUCCACAGCAGCAGUCCCAGGAAGAGACUCCAGUUCCCAUCAACAGAAGAUAAAGACCGUCAGGUGCCAGAACCCUCUGGCCAUUUGGAGCCACUGGACAGAAUCCCCCAGCUGGGCUGGGAGGAGCAUCGAGACUGUAGUGGCCCCGACCAGCAGGACUCCUCAGAGGAUCUGGGUCGGCUGUCCCUGGAUAGACCCCAGUCACUGGCUGAGGCAGAAAGACUGUUUGAUGAGCUUACGCAGGAGAAACUACAGAUUGAGGCAGCUUUGAGCAGGAUGCCUGGAGCAGGAGGCAGGGUGAGCCUGCAGACCCGAUUAGAUGAGGUGGCUUUGGAGAAUCGUCUGGAGAGGCUAAACCGUGAGCUGGGAUCCAUCCGAAUGACUCUGAAGAAAUUCCACGUCCUCCGUUCAUCUGCCCACAUUUAGCCUCUGAUCUCCAGUGUCUGCCCUAGCUGCGUGUUUUGGUUUGAUAAACAGCACUGAUUGUCUUCUGAAUAUUUGCCGUGCCAUGAUCUCACCUGUACAUUCACACACUCGACAUGUUUUUAUACGUAUGACUUAACAUUACUCUGGGAUAUUUUUUUAUAUGUUGGGAAAAUAUUGUAUCUUUUUGGAAUAUAUUUUUAGUAAAGCACAGAUUUGUAAAGUCAUUUACUUUUUUAGUCACGGGAAAAUUAUAUGAUGAACCUGUUUUACCAAACUGAAGAAAUGUUAACAGCUAAGAUGUGAAGACACAUUUACAAGACAUUCAUGAACCAAACAUCACUGCCUUUUUUCAAAUUUGUAUUCUUGACAGGAUAUAAAUGUAUUUAUUCAUGUUUUUACAUUUCAGUUUAAAAUUUCAGUCUCUUUUGUUUUUUAUUCUUUAUUUACAUUUCGCUUUGGGCCAAACCUCUUUAACUUGAAGGAAAUAUUUACUUGAAUCAAUUAGCCUUUUUUUGUUUCGAGCUUUUGGUUUAUUUUCUGCAUGACCUAAUCUCUGCAACAGCAGAUCACCCAGUCAGAACUAGACCAGCACACCAACCUUUUUCACAACCCCAUUCUCCAUCUGUUUCUACUCUGGUCAUGAUUCUUUUGCAUGGAGUUCUUGCACUGUUUCCUUUUCUCCAUGUCAGUUUGCUACUUUGACAUGUUUUCAAUGGACCUGUAAUGUGAUUGCACAAUAAAACUUUUUUAUUUAAA